AUGACUGCCGUCGCGAGCCCUCCCAGCUUCCAGCAGCUCAAUCGACCGGGAUGGAAUGUUAAUGGCGGACAAAGUCUGAAUUCGAUGAAUCCAGAAGACGUUAGAGGCAUGUUUGUGCCGCGGAAGACGCUGCAGCGGAGCAACUCAUCCUCGUCGGUCGCCUCCACUUCGUCAAACUCGUCAACUACCACGGUCGCUACGAAUGCCUCGCAACCAAAUGGCACCCCGGCUUCCACGAACUCCGACAUGAGUUCGUGGUCGAGCACUGCAUCGCGGAAGCGUCCACAGCCUAAAGGCCCCUGGCCGCCUGGCAAGUCAGAAGGCCAGGCCGAAUUCGGCAGGCCAGUUAUGCGGUCGCCGAUGAACGGAAUCAACGGCAACUCAUCGCUGCAGACCGUACCAGGGCAACCGCAGAUGAUGUCGCAACAAGGGCUUGCAGUAAGGCCUGUCGGUGAUCCGAUGCCCAAUGGCCAGCCUGUGCUCUACCUGUUAUCGCUCAAUGGCACGUUUGAGCGCAAGACAAUUUCAGUGCCAUUCUACCCCGAGAGCCUCCGUAUUGGUCGUCAGACCAACCAGAAAACGAUUCCAACUGCCACGAACGGCUACUUUGACAGCAAAGUCCUAUCCAGGCAGCACGCGGAGAUCUGGGCAGAUCGUAUGGGCAAGAUUUACAUUCGCGAUGUCAAGUCGUCCAACGGAACGUUCGUCAACGGCACGCGCCUUUCGCAAGAGAACCGCGAAUCCGAACCACACGAACUACAGACAGGAGAUCAUUUGGAGCUGGGAAUCGAUAUCGUGAGCGAGGACCAAAAGACCGUCGUCCACCACAAGGUUGCCGCCAAAGUUGAGCACGCUGGCUUCAUGAGCCCCUCUAGCAACGUCAUGGACAUGAACUUUGGCGAUUUGGAUCCGGCCAACGGCAGCAUGAUGAUGCCUGCGUCGGGGCCCUUGCCGUAUCGCGGCCGGGCGGGAAGCAACGCGUCGAUGGCCAGCAACGGCCGUAUGGUUGCUCCUCAGAACAUGGCUGGCAUGGCCCCCAACGGCGGAGCGGCUCGCGGAUUUUUGCUAACGCCCAUUACCACGGAACACAUCGUGAAGAGGCUACACAACGAGAUGCGAAGCGCACGACUGCAGUCUCAAGACCUGUCACGGACGGGCCACUUUAUCCAUGCCUUACUGAGCAAAGAAGAUGUCAAAGACCUUGAGAAACCCGAGGCACCCGAACCUCCUAAGCAGCUCCCUAAUGGCAACGCUUUGCCCUUCCGCACCGACGCGAAGACACGGUUUUCCGACCCGCCUGCCCCUCCGCCUCAACAACCCCUUCCAGAGAAGCCCGAUGUGCCUUCACUAAAACGAGGUACCACUGAGCGACCAAAGACUAACAGCACCCCGUCGCCUGUUGGACGCGACAACUUGCACCAGAUCAUUCAACUGACCGAGGCUUUGAACAACGCUAAGAAGGAGAUGGACACCCAGACUGCCCGCAUCAAGGACUUGGAAGACAUGUUACGCAAAGAGCGCGAAGCACGCGAGCUUGCCGAAGACAUGGCAAAAAUUCUCGAGGAUAGCGCCUUGAAGGAAACCAACGGCGGGCCUAAGGAGCAUGACACUGAAACCAUACUCGAAGAAGCUUUUGAGCCUCCCCGCGAGGCUCCGGAGACUCAUGACAUCGAAAUGACAGAUGCCGAACCGCUUGUCAAGCAGCCGGCACUGGAGAGCGCCGAAGAGAUUGCUGCUCGUUUUCAGGUCAAGAUUGACACCAUGAUGACGGAGAUGAGCGACCUCAAGCAGCAGAUGGAAGCUUGGAGGCAAAGAUGCGAGAAAGCUGAGACGGAACGCGACGCAGACCGCAAGACCUUGGCAGAGAUGGUUGCUCAGAUUCGAAGAGACGAGGAAGCGCGGCUGGCGGCAGCUGCGGCCGAGAAGACUCGGUCUCCGUCCCGAGGGCGACGCGGUCGCGGCGAUGGAUCCGUCGAGACGACUACCACCGUAGUACAGACCGACGGAUCUGGCGAGUCGACGCCAGCCCCUACGCAGGCUGAGUCCCCCGUGGACGAUCCUAACGAUAAGCCUACGCUGUCGCGGGCCAACACCAUCACGCCACUGACCAUACCACCGGGCAAGCUGGCGAAGGACCAAGCCAUGAUGGCCGGCGUCCCAUACGCCUCCAUGCUUGGAGUAGUGAUCAUAGGUAUGGGCCUGAUGGCAUAUAUCAAUGGCUGGCAACCCGAACCGACUCCUCGUCACUGA